GCGAAAGAGAGAAGACGAAAAGGGCGUCACUUGGAGUCAUGUCGGGCGGCGGCUCAUCCUCGAUCAGUGUGGAGGAGAAGCGGCGCAUCGUCCGCUACAUCAUGCUCAACAGCCCGCCGGGGCAGACGCAAGAAGUCCUCACAGGUACGUCUGUGCACUCAAUCAGAGAGAUCUGCCGCCUAGCCUGUCUGAGCCGCGACGUGCAGAAUUCAGUCAUCGAAGAGUGUGUGGCAUGUGCAUGUGUUGGUUCGAACAGACUGCCGAAAGCUGCUUCAGAAUGACCCCGAGGUGCUGAGUGAGAGUGCGUUGUCGGAGAUCCUCGCAGAGCACAACGAGCAGAAGCUGCUCGCCGUCCGACUUCCCCAAUCCAACUUGCCCAAGGUGAGGUGACCCGCACACCGCGGGGAAUGCAAUACAAUAAAUCUGAGUAUGGAAUGGCUCAUGUGGUGUGGUGUGGUGUGGUGCAGGGCAUUGUGUGUCGGCAGGGGAGGCUGGCUGAUCGUCUGUAUCUGGAGCCGCGAACCAAGCAUGUCUUCGAGGUGGCACACAUCACACAGGUAAGGCCGAAAGAAACGCCCAUAGAGAGCAUGGGCAUCCUUGCCAUGUACCAUUCGUCUCUUCAGACGGUGGCGGGCAGCGUGACCGCUGCAGAGCCAAGCCAGCUGCCAACGAGGGCCGAGCCAUACCGGUGCACACCACACACAUAAACCGCCAGACACACAACACAUGCUCUUGGUGCGCGGUGGGUGCAGCGCUGCCCUGGACACAGCGAUGGACGGCUACAUCGCCACCCACUACUACCCCGAUGAGCAGCCCUUGCCCACUGCAUCCGGCGGCACGUCCGGCGUGGCGCAUGCCGUCUACGGCGUGGACGAGGGCAAGGAUGCCGUCACGCUGCAUGUCGUCAUAUCAGCCAAGAACCAAAACCUCAAGAACUACUGGUACGCGACGACGGGAGAGCCGGAGGGUUUUCUUAUUUCGUGUGGCUCAUGUGUGUCGCUUGUAUCCUCUUGUGUGAGUAGGGCUGGUGGCUGGGCGUCUCAGUGGAGUAUCACGUUCACACCCAACCAAACCACAUCUGCGAAGCUCAAGGUGCGGGAGCUCGAUGCUCACAGUCGCACAUGCCAUUCGGCUGUCUCUCUCCCUGUGUGUGUGUGUGUGUGUACGUUCCUCUCAGGGCAGUGCGUCAGUGUUGACGCAUUUCUUCGAGGAGGGCAACGUGCAGAUGCACGCAGACAACGACAUGCAGGCAGACAUACAACCACCAGACCUCAAGGUCACCACACCCCCUCCCCCCUCCCCUGCCCCCCUCCACACACAUCGACUGCAGAUGAAUGUCUGUUUGUGUGUCUGUCUGUCUGCAGUCGGCGGAGUCGUUGUCAUCAGCGGUGGCCAAGGCCAUCUCCACCCUCGAGGGCGCCUUCCACCAGUCCAUGGAAGACAAAUACGCCGCAUGCGGUAAACACGCACAGCGAACAACGAGUCGACUCCCCUCUCUUGACGACUGCAUGCGCCUGUCUGUGUGCUUAUGUGUGCUUAUAUGUGGUGUGUCAGCCGACCGUGCCUUCAAGAGUUUGCGCCGCACGCUGCCGAUAACGAUGGAGAAGUUCGACUGGAGCCCCCUCAAACACGUCAUCAGGAAGGACCUCACCGAGAGGACACACCCACAAGCCACACACGCGACAGCUGCUGCUCCUGUGGCCGGUGGCGGCAAAGGCACAUAGCCCAGAUAGGGAGACAGACCUGUUUAUAGUCUAGCUACUAGUGUAUGAUCUGUCAAUAGCAGAGAGGUGCCUGCAGAUGUUUUUCCAUGUGCUUCGUCCUUUGGAGCAUCUUUGCAACUAACUGGUGGUUGAUCUCUUUCUCUCUGGCUUGUCGUCUUUCUACGUGUGUCAUCACGCUGACGACGGUGUACUGAUCACGGCUGGCGUGAAGAGCAAACCGUCGUGAUCAUGGUGACACACGAAGAAAGACGAUGCCGGCCAUUCCAUGAUCCAUCGUCUAUGAUCAAGUGUAAGACAAGUCUGCCUGUCUGUCUGUCUGGCUCAUGGUCCUCGCAUGUCUCAUUGCUCCCGCCUCAUGGGUGGCCUGCUCGUCGCUGCUGAACAGAUCGCGAUGGACAAACCACUUGAGGAGCGGGGCCAAUGAGACUGUGAAGUGAACCAGAUUGCCGUGAUGAAUGCUUGUGCAGGGUCCGAAACCCUUCAACCCCUCAU